AUGGACAAUCAGACAGCAGUGACCACAUUCCUUCUGUGGGGAUUUUCCAGUUUCCCAGAUCUACAGCAUCUCCUCUUUGGGGUGAUUUUCAUCUCUCAUGUGAUCAUUGUGGCCUCCAAUAUGUCCAUAAUGAUGGCUAUUAAGUUCAGUCACACCCUUCACACACCCAUGUACUUUUUCCUCUGUGGUCUUUCCUUUUCAGAAACCUGUACCACUAUGGUAAUCAUCCCCCGAAUGCUAGUAGAUUUACUGUCACACAGCAAAACCAUAUCUAUUUCUGAGUGUGCUACACAGAUGUUUUUCUUUUUUGGCUUAUCAUCCAACAAUUGCUUCAUCAUGGCCGCCAUGUCCUAUGACCGUUAUACUGCCAUCCACAACCCACUGAACUACCACAUGCUGAUAACCUGCAGUGUUUACUGUCAGCUGAUGAUGGCCUCUUUUGUGGUUGGUUUCUUGGUUUCUCUAUGCGUUGUCAUCAUCGUAUUCAACUUAUCAUUUUGUGAUUCCAAUACCAUUGAGCACUUUUUCUGUGAUAUCUCACCCAUAGUCAGCCUUGCUUGUGAUUACUCUUCUAUUCAUGAAACAGUUAUUUUUGUGCUCUCUGCCUUUGUGCUAGUGGGAAGCUUUAUUUUGAUUAUGAUUUCUUAUGUCUUCAUUCUGUCCAUAAUUGUAAAGAUGCCCUCUGCAAAGGGGAGGCAUAAAGCUUUCUCAACUUGCUCUUCCCACCUCUCUGUUGUGUCCAUACAUUAUGGAUUUGCUUGUUUUGUCUAUUUGAAGCCCAAGAACAGUGUAUCAUUUUGUGAGAAUAUGUUAAUAUCUGUGACAUAUACAGUACUGACACCUCUGCUUAAUCCCAUUGUUUACAGUUUAAGAAAUAAAGAAAUGCAGAUAGCUCUACGGAAAGUAAUGGGCAAUGUAAAUAGGUUGAUGCCUUGUCUUAAGUUAGCUGGAAGAUUCGGGAAGCAGUGA